AGAGUUGUCUCCCUUAGAUUUCCUUCUGCUCGAGGUCGCUGUACACAUUUCUGCACAUUUGAAGUUUGAUGGAGACUGACAGCUCUCUACAGCAUCCAUCAUGUGGCGGACUGUAUCGUUUGUUGAACGGGUGGAGGUAGAGUUUUCGGGGAACUUGCUCAAUCAGGCGAUGGUGCUUGGCGAUGUUGAUAAUGAUAAGUAUAAUGAGCUUGUUGUUGGGAACAUUGAUGGAGACCUGUCAGUCUUUAAAGGCAGCAGUGUCACACCUUGGAGAAAGACUUCAGAUCUUGGAAUGAUAACAUGUAUAGGACUGGGAGACAUAUGCAAUAAAGGAAAGAACAACCUGGUUUGCCUUACGGCUGAAGGCUGGUGCUACAUCUUCGACAUCAGGCCAGAGGGCAGCAUAGAGUUCCUGAAAGAGGAUGAGAGUGAUAUUGACAUCAGAAUCCUCAAGCCUGCCUACACACAGCAUCUCCCAGCAAACGGCAAGGUCAUGCUCAUAGCCGAUACAGAUGGCGAUGGCCAAACAGAGUUGGUUGUGGGCUACUCAGACAGAGUGGUGCGGACAUUCCGAUGGCAGUCCGGAGUAGACAGCGACGCCUACUCCACAGGACAGUUCAUACAACACCAGAAGUGGCAGUUGGCUGGCCAGAUCGGAUCAAUGACAGUGAACAGUUGUGGAGAGGGCAAGCCUCAACUGCUGGCGUCCCAGCCGGGCGGAACACUGGUCACUCUGCUGCAGGGAACCAACAUCAGGAUGGAGCAACCCCAUGUAGAACACAGUGAGGAGUCGACUCAGCAGUCCUUCGUGUACCAUCCCCUGGGGUCAUGCAGAGCUCGUAACAAGGAAGUGUCCACUGUCAUCGUUGGGGGGAUAAAACGAGAGAGAAAGCAAGAAGAUGACAAAGCAUCGUCUUUCUAUGCCCUGGCCACUCUAGAUGGCAGCCUGGUCCUAGUGCAGUCAGACAAGACGGAGUCGGACAAGAUCGUGUGGUCACUCCAGGUGGAUCAUCAGCUGUUCUCUCUGCACAAACUGGACGUAACGGGUAACAACCGUGAGGAGGUUGUGUGUUGUUCUUGGGAUGGACAGACGUAUAUCGUCAACCACAGUCGAGAGGUGGUCAGGUACCAGUUCGAGGAAAAUGUCGCCGCCUUCUCUGCAGGUUUCUUUGCUUUACCGGACCAAGGCAACGUGCCAUGUUUUGUGUACGCAACAUUCAACAACCGCAUCUACAUCUACUACAACAUCAACCUCCCCGAGGUGGAGUCCACCAACCUGCUCACCGUCAUGGGCCGGAGGGACGACACGCGGCAGCUGCUGGCCAGACUGAACAUAGAUCCCAAGCGGUCAGACCAGCUGCGGCAGCUGUACCACUGGGUGCUGUACGGCUUCCACGGCAAGACAUAACCGCCGGAGUGGACUACAUCAAGCAGGGGAAGGUCCGGGACUGUGGAUGCUUACUGAUGAUAUUAAGUUGCCGUGACAUCAGUUUGUCCAGUAACACUGUAUGAGUGAUCCGACACAAUGGAAACAUGAAGAUGUGGAUAUGAUUCUGUGGACAAAUCUGAAGCCGACGCCAUGUUUUCUGUCUUGCCACUAAUGCCCAGUAUGGAUUACAGGAUGAUCUAGUUAUAUGUACAGAAUGUUAUAUCUUUAGCACCCUGUGGGGAUACUGGAUAAGAAUACCGUAUUCAAUGUAAUAAGCGCCCAGGGCGCUCUCAAAAGUAAAAAUAGGGGGCUCUUAUUAGAAUAUUAUGUAACUAUUAUGUAAAAAACAGAGUUGAAAGAUAAAUUUCGUGGUUUAUAGUGACAGCCUGAAAUGUUUAUGUACGACAGAUAUAUUUUUCCAGAAUUUAAUUGCCCAUAAUUAAGGGCAUGUAUUAUAUUAGUAUUAUGUCGCGAGUGUGUAUUAUACGCGAAUAAAUAAGUCUUGUGUACAUUGAUCAAUCCGAAGGGGUGCUAAUUGGGAUUGUUCACUAGCCAAUAUAUCAGCAAAUAUCACCGUGGGCGCUUAUUACGUCGAAUACGGUAUGUCUUUAUGAUUGUCCUAAGAUGUGACUAAUGAGUGAGUGAGUGAGUGAGUUGGGUUUAACGCUGCUUUGAACAGUAUUCCAGUUAUAUCGCGGCGUGUCAGCUUAAUGUGGGAGGAAAGCCCGAAGUGAUGCAGGUCUCAGACUUUUACCA